AUGAAUGACAGCGCAUGGAAAGGACCCUCUAAAGAUAUGGGCGCUUCGGAGAGUUCUUCCUUGGAAAGCGAUCUGCUUAUUCGCCAUCAUACUCCUUAUGAACGUGUUGGCUGCUAUCCAAGGUGGAAAGAUUAUUGCCGUCGGCGUAUUGAAAUUGAUCGCAGUUGGGCUUUCAGUUCUGAUUUCGAUGUGCGAAAAUUGAAGUUAAAGGAGAUUUUCAACUAUAAUCAAGAAGUAACAUGCAUCAAGACUUGUGGGGAAUGGAUUCUUUGUGGAUUGAAAUGGGACACGAUUAUGGUCUACGAUUGCAAAUAUCUAGGAAGUCUAAUAGGAGUUAUAGUCGGUCCUCCUGGAAUAGCUAGGAAAUUCCUAGUGGCUCAUGUAUUGGGCCGCAUUUUUUUAGCAACAAUGACCAACUCUAAUGAAAUUCAUAUUUAUGAUUUAACAAGUAACAAAUUCGUACUUCAUAAAAAACUCUCCGGCCAUACUAAUUUAAUUACGGAUAUUGCAAUUUCGACCUCAAUGAGGGAUCCUCUCAAUCCUGAUUCAAGAGGGGAACUACUUAGCAGUGCUGAAGACAGAACAAUUCGUCUUUGGAAUAUUAAGAGUGGAUGCUGCCUUCAUGUAUUCAGAGGUCUUGAAGGUCCGGCAACAAGUAUUGCUCUGUGUGGCAAUCACCUCGUUUCUAUGGGAGGGGAUAAUUACCUGCGAGCCUGGGACGUGAAUACCCACAAACCUGUGUUAAAAGAGUUAAUAACAAUUGAAAAUGCCACCAUAAGGCAAUUUGACGGCUCGAAAGUCCUCCUCAGUCGUGAUGACGACUUUUUUGUCUUUGAUAUUUUCGAGAACACAUAUGAUUCCUUCUUCACAGGCUCGGUACCAUUUUGUCUUUUACCCCAUCGGCAGCAACUUAAGACUUGCAGUGAUAUUAUUUAUAUGAAAGGAGAGAAUAUAAUCACUUACAGUGUAACUAAAAAUGAGAUUAUCAGUUCCAUUCCAGCAGGUGAGCACUGUAAGCCCGGUGAGUUAAGGGGAAUCUACGCAAAUGAACGCUUCAUUGUGACGUUUGAUAAGUAUCUCCUGCAACUUUGGGAUCGUAAGGAGAGAUGUUGGGUCAGAACCCUGCUAGAUAUUGAACAUAUACCUGCGGUGAAAGAAUUCUGCAGGGAGAACGAGGGAGGUGCUUUUGUGACUACAGAAUCACUCCGACACCUUGCAAUACCCGUGAGAUAUCUGGAUAAUGAAAUAGCUCUAUUUGUUCUCUCAUUUAAUUAG